UGGAUGUGUCCCUAAGAAUGAUGCAGUUGUAUAUCAAGACAAGUUGGCAACUAUUUUAUAUGAACAAUCUUACAGCCCAAAAGAAUACACUCUGUCACACUAUUUAGGCAACUUUUCUAAGCUUGCACAUAAUAGCAUCGAUGAUUUAAAUUAUCACUUUACACAAUAUGGUAAUUGUACUACUACCACUGCAAAAACUUUUAAAUCCAUGAGUAUUCACAGAUAUAAAUAUAAUGUUUCAGUAUAUGUUACAGAUAUUAUUUGUAUUAAAACAUAUAAAAUAUAUGAAGUAUUAAGUUUUAGGAUACCAAUAUCUUAUUCUGAAAGAUGA